CACACAGCCAGUCCACCCCUCCAUAGCAUUCAACCUUCCAAACCAACCCCAAAGAAAAAACAGAGCAACCCAGAAAACAGAGUGAGAGGUCAAAAAAUCUAAAAUGGGCAACAGUCUAAGGUGCUGUUUGGCUUGUGUGCUACCCUGCGGUGCUCUUGACUUGAUCCGGAUCGUCCAUUUGAAUGGCUACGUAGAAGAAAUCUCGCAUUCUGUCACAGCCGGUGAGAUCCUCGAAGCGAACCCAAAUCACGUUCUGAGCAAACCCAGCUCCCAAGGCGUCGUUCGUCGCAUUUUGAUACUCUCACCGGAGACGGAGCUCAAGCGGGGCAGCAUCUAUUUCUUGAUCCCAACUUCUUCUAUACCGGAGAAGAAGAAGAAGAGUAAGACUAGCGGCGUUAAGAAGCCGUCGAAAAAGAGCACUAAAAGCCACACCGAGAGUACCGACCGCUACUUAACGGAGAUUAUCACGGAAAAGAAGUCUUCGUCACGGCGGGAUCGCCGGGCCGGCCGGGCCACAGUAUGGCGGCCUCAUCUCGAGAGCAUCACCGAAGACUAACAAAUUUUUUUUCCGGUGAUGGAUGGGAGGGGUUUUUAUUUAUUUAUUGGGGUACAUGGGGAGGUUUGGUAUUUUCUCUUGUGUAUAAAAUGUGGUUGUGCUGGUUUUUUUUUUUGUUUUUUUUUUUUGGGUCUGCGUAUAAUAAUGGCAGAUUCGGAAUUAAAUUCAGUGUUCAUGAGGUCAUGAUCUGUUUGGUUCUCGAGAAAAUUGAAAAAUCAUGGCACACUGGCAGUCUUGACAGAGGGAGAGAGAUAGAAAAGAAAUGUACGUUUGUACGAAAACAAUUGUAUGUACACCUUCAA